ACGGUUCCAUACAGAUGAGUUGCCCUUCAGCAUCGCAAAUGCUGGACGAGAGCAUUAACGUUAAGCAACGUGCUUCCAAGUCAAGUAGUCUACUGCGUUGUUCAUCAAUCGUUACGCCAGUUACCGAAUGGACCUGCCCAUCAUAUUAAUAACAACUGUUUUAGUAAGAUAAAAUGGUAAGUGUGAGAGGUUUUACCAUUAAUAUCUAAGAAGCGGGCUCAGAUUAAUUCACAAGAUAAAGAGCGCAGAAGGCUGCAGCUGGUGAAGAGACUAAGGAAUGAAAGAAAUGUGGGAGUAGACUUGCUAGCUAGCUCGCUUGUUACAAUGACAUGUGGAUCAAGGUGGUAUGUAGCCGACUCUCGCCAGAGUGCUUACACGGUAACAAUUUAACAAGGAUGAUGCUCUUAUGAUCUAGCCAAUGUUACGCAGCUACUUUUUUGUCGAUGGCGCAGUAUAACGUUUACUUAGGUUGCCAGUAGGCGGUUCCAGUUGAAGCGACUUCAUUAAUCUCAAAAUGAAAACGGAAAAGAAGGCGUACGCGAUGUUAUCACAGAUGUGAAAUAGCCAAGUAAAACAGAAAACUGGCAAAUGUGGCCUACAUUACUCAAAUUAAAACCGCAAAAGCAAAUUGGCUAAUUGAACACGAAAACACGAAGUUAGUUAUCCUAGAUACUCAGUCACAAAUGACAAGUUCGUAUGUUGAACAUUGUAAGCUAAAUAGACUAGCAGUAUUGAAGGAAGAUUCUGGAAUGUUUUGUGACGCUCAAACGAAAUUAUGGAAUUCGAAUCUGAAACAUCGCAUGCUUUUCUGAUGUGAUUGCACCUGAACAUUAGCACAUAGCCUACCGCGAUCUUUAAAAUGAAUUUAACUCUAGGUAUUACUAAACCAGUCACCAACAGCGUCCCCAAAAAUAUUCCCUGUGCAUCACCUGAGUACAUGGGCAGUGGAUUAUCUAACCAAAAUUUUGUUUUUAAAAUUUGACCUGACUGUGGAUUCUGCAGUUUCCAUCCAGACAGCAAACCAAAGGAUAAAAGCAUUCUGACCAGGCGUCGAUCCUUUUAAAGUUUUAGGUGUGUAAGUAGGUGUGUUUUCAUCUAUUUUGAAUCAUGAAAAAAAUGGGCCCAGCACUGGAGGCACCUGAUAUUGCUGUUGUGGCACUUUAUUUUGUAUUGGUGGUGGCCAUUGGCUUGUUUGCCAUGUGCAAGGCCAACCGAAGUACCGUGAGUGGGUACUUUCUUGCUGGACGCUCAAUGACCUGGGUUGUCGUCGGCGCAUCGCUGUUUGUCAGUAACAUUGGUAGUGAGCAUUUUAUCGGCCUGGCAGGAUCUGGAGCAGCAAGUGGGUUUGCGGUGGGGGCCUGGGAGUUCAACGCCUUGCUACUCCUGCAGGUUUUGGGUUGGGUCUUCAUCCCUGUCUAUAUCCAAUCGGGUGUGUACACCAUGCCUGAGUACCUGUCCAAGCGUUAUGGUGGGAAUCGUCUGAAGGUGUAUUUUGCCGCCCUCUCCAUCCUACUCUACGUCUUUACCAAGCUGUCCGUGGACCUGUACGCUGGGGCACUGUUCAUGCAGGAGUCUCUGGGCUGGAACCUCUACCUGUCCAUCAUUCUGCUAAUCAGCCUGACCGCCCUGCUGACCAUCACAGGUGGGCUGGUCGCGGUCAUCUACACCGACACCCUCCAGGCAGUGCUUAUGAUUGCCGGGGCGAUGACCCUGACAGUCAUGGGCCUGGUGAAGGUUGGGGGUUUGGAAGGGGUGCGGACGAAGUACAUGCAAGCCACACCAAAUGUUACUGCCAUUCUGGAAGGGAGCAACUUAACCUACACUAACACCUGCCGCAUCCACCCCAAGCCACAGUCACUCAAAAUGCUCCGCGACCCCCUGGAUGAAGAUAUCCCAUGGCCUGGAUUCCUACUUGGCCAGACCCCUGCCUCCAUCUGGUACUGGUGCACUGAUCAAGUCAUUGUUCAGCGGGUGCUGGCAGCCAAGAACAUCGCCCAUGCUAAGGGCUCGACCUUAAUGGCGGGUUGUUUGAAGAUCCUGCCCAUGUUCAUUAUCGUCAUCCCUGGGAUGAUCUCCCGCAUCCUAUUUGCAGACGAACUGAUCUGCAUCAGCCCGGAGCACUGCAUGCAGGUGUGUGGGAGCCAGGCGGGCUGUUCCAACAUUGCCUAUCCUCGUCUAGUCAUGAACAUUAUGCCAGUGGGUUUGCGUGGACUGAUGAUGGCGGUAAUGAUUGCCGCCCUGAUGAGCGACCUGGACUCCAUCUUUAACAGCGCCAGCACCAUCUUCACUCUGGAUGUGUACAAGAUGCUGCGGAAGAACUCCUCUUCCAGGGAGCUGAUGGUGGUGGGCAGGCUCUUUGUGGUCUUUAUGGUGGUCAUCAGCAUUGCCUGGGUGCCUGUCAUCAUUGAGAUGCAGGGGGGUCAGAUGUAUCUGUACAUCCAGGAGGUGGCCAACUAUCUCACCCCUCCUGUCGCCACCCUGUUUCUACUGGGUGUCUUCUGGAAGCGCUGUAAUGAGGCUGGUGCCUUCUGGGGGGGGAUGACCGGCUUCACCUUGGGGACCACCCGUCUGUUUUUGGCCUUCAUCUACCGGGAACCUCCUUGUGACCAGCCUGACAGACGACCUGCCUUCAUCAAGGACAUCCACUACAUGUACGUGGCAGCUGGGCUGUUCUGGAUCACAGGGCUGGUCGCAGUUGUGGUCAGCCUCUGCACGCCUCCCCCAAGCAAGGAGCAGGUCCGAACCACAACGAUGUGGGGGCUUCAUCACAGGGAGAAGCUGCCAGUGAAGGACAAAGAGGAUGUCUACAAGUUGACUGAAAAAAGCCCAGUGCACUGUAAUGGAACUAGCAACAAGCGCAAGGAGCUGCCACCAGACCUCAAGAAAGAUAAGUGCCUGGAUGAAGCAGACAUCAAGCUGCUAGUCACCACCCCAGAAGACUCGACGACCCCAGAAAACUCGAUGACCCCCAGCACGGAGGUCACUACACCCAUCGAUCACUACGGGAACGGCCAGGUAGGACUGGUGCACGAGGACAGUCCUGAAGAUGCCAGCGGAGCCAUCGGGGGCAAUGGGAAGUUCGCAAAAGUCUUGGAAUUUUUAUGUGGCUACAAGGAAUCUGCUGCCAAAGACCAGCCCAAGACUCCUGAGGAGGAAGAGCGCCUCAUUACGGAGAUGCUCUAUGAGUCCCCUAAAACUAAACUGUUACUCAACUUGGGGCUUGUAAUAGUGUGUUCUCUGGGCAUCUUCAUGUUUGCCUAUUUCUCCUUGUAGUUGCAGACCCUACCUGGAAUGGGCAAGAAUAGGCGUUGGGAAAAUUGUGAAGAGGUGUUCAGCUCUUUGGGGUCUGUAAUAUUUACAGUUUUUGUAGCUAGGUGGAUUAUUUCAAAGCAGUCAUUUGAAUAAUUGGUGGGGAAAAAAUGGACAUUUGUUCCUUUGCAUUUGGUUACAAUUCCAUGAACCCCGAGAACAACUACGUUUUUCACCUCAAAGAGGAGAGGAUGGGUGUAGCUACUAAAAUGUAUCUUUUAUACUCUGCAUUAUCAAAAAAAAAAAAAACAUUUUUGAAAGGAGUUUAUUUUUAAUGAUGACGGUGAUUUAUUAUUGAAUGUUUAUUGAAGUAUAAUUUUAUCUGGAAACUUAUUUAAACUUAAAUUGGCCUUCUAUUUUCUCUUGAGAUUUAUUGUAGCACUGAUUUGUUUUCUUUUAUAAGCCAAACUUUGUCUUUAAGCAAGUCUCUGAGCUGCAGUGUUUUUUUUGUUUUGUUUUGGAGCCACUAAUGGCAAUUGAUUUAUUUUGUAAGUGUACAUUGUCUUGUAAGUGUACAGAGACUGGGGUUUGGAUGGUAUAGUUGGUUUUCCAUUUUCAAUUUGUGUGGACCAUUCUAACCAAUCCCUCUUUUGUUUUUUGCUUUUUCUUUGAUCUGCUGUGCUUUUGAGUGGUACACAUACAUUUUAGAUCUGUAAAUCUGUUUGCAUCAGUCUAAAUGUAUUCUAUUGUCCAAAAACAAUUACUAUGCUGUUAUUACAUAGUAUGUGUGCAGAGGUCUAAAGACCCCCCAAAAAACUUUAUAGAUUGCAGGGAUCGCAACAGUGCUGUUAUGCCCAGCUUUCUAUACUUUUUAGAACAAGCACAAGGUGUUAUUCAUGUUCCAUUUUGUGACUCUGUGUUAAUUGUAAUUUAGAUGUUAAAGAGGCUAUGGACAUAACCAACAAAAUGAAUGUCAUUUUUAACAUGGCAAAAAGAAGCAAAAUAUUUGUUUGGUAAGCUUUAAUAGUGAUCUGUUUGUUCCAAAUAGAUAAUUAUGUAUUUGCUAUUGAAAAAAUAUUGUGAAAACAGCACUUUCAUACAAUGACUGCUCAGCAACCUGUAUUUAUUAAGCCCCCCCAAUUAUGAAAUGAACAAAACUUAAAACUAAAUAAUUAAUAUGAUGUAUAUAUCUGCUAAAGAACAAAAAGAACACCUUUAAAAAAAGAACCUGAAUCUGACCGCCAAAGAGAACUGACAGUUACAGCUGCAGGAAUAUUAUGUGGAAGUAAAAAUUACAACUCUGAUAUUUUCAUGAAAUAUGCAUACACAGCACUUGUGUGGAUGUCUCGCCCCAUUCUAAUGUAAUGGAAUAGAAAUGUAACUUGUGCAUUAUAGAAUGUAUGUCCUUUACAUGUUUGUAUUUCUCACUGUGAAUGUGAUUUUACUGUUGGUUUAUAUAUAAAUAUAUAUUUAUAUACACUCAGUGAGCUAUUUAUUAGGUAGACCUGUACACCAGCUUGUUAAUGCAAAUAUUUAAUCAGCCAAUCAUCUGCCAGCAACUAAAUGCAUAAAAGCAUGCAGAUGUGCAUUCAGCUGUUCAGCUGUUGUUCAAACCAAAUGUCAGAAUGGGGAAGAAAUGUGGUCUAAGUGACUUUGACUAUGGAAUGAUUGUUGCCAGCCAGGGUGGUUUGAGUGUCUCAGAAACUGCUGAUCUCUUCUGGGUCUCUAGGGUUGUUGUGGAAUGGUGUGAGAAACCAAAAAUACCCAAUGGGCAGUAGUUCUGUGGGAUGCGUUGUUAAUGACAGGAGUUAGAGGAGAAGGGCCAGAUUGGUCGAAGCUGACAGGAAGGUGACAGUAAUGCAUUAACAACACAUUACAACAGUGGUAUGCAGAAGAGCAUCUCUGAACACACAAUGCAUCAGACCUCUAAAUGGAUAGGCUACAGCAGCCAAAGACUUAUAUCUAUUCGGUAUUUAUUAUAUUGUCUAAAAGAAAUUACUGUGCUGUUAUUACAUCGUUUGUGAGCAGAGGUCUAAAGACCCCAAAAAAGCCUUUAAAGUGCUCACUGAGUGUAUAUACUGUACAUAUGCACAGAACCUUCCUGUGCUCUGGCAAGCCAAUGUAUGAUUGUAGAAAGGGCUGCCUAUUACUUUUAAUGGGAUGUAAUUGGUUUGUAUUCUUAUAAGCUGCCUCAUUCAUGAUGGUGGAGGUGUGAUUUGUGAACGUGAAGCCAAUUCAUCAUUUAACUCCAAAUGUUCAGCUUCAUUCUCUGUUACAGCCUGGGAAGUGCUUGCACACUGCAUAUACUUGUCAGCCGCCCAGGUAGACAUUCAGUGUAUAUGUGAAACAUCCUGCUCCCCCCACCAAUUAUAAAAAUGACUAUUUUCCGACAGCUUUUGUCCUUCAGAAAAAUGAAGCACUGAGUAAUUGUAUGCUGCUUGCAACAUAAUCUGAAGUCUGUGGGUGAAACCAAACGUGGUGGCCAUUUUGUACAUAUUAGUGGGCUUCUCCCACCUAUGUCAGAGAGCACCAUUUUUUUUGAACCAUUGUUGGAGAACAUGACCUCAAUACCUACCUUUGAUGUGCUUCCUGCGAAUGCAGGUCUGUUAACACAACUGCAGUCCAUUGGCGCCACCACACUAAAUGAAAGAAAUAAAAUAAAAUUGGGUUUUCUGAUGAAACUCCCAAGAGACAUAGGAAGCUUAAUACAUGGUAAUUUAAUUGUUCUUGGUUUUCGUAAAUUCCUAUUAUGAGUGUUUCUUUGAAAGAAUUAAUCGCAAGACUGUCGCUCUUGUUGUGGCACUUGUGGAGGUGCAAUCUAUGAUUUAUUAACACAUUUCUGAAAAAGAAAAACACUGAGAUAAAAAUCAGUUGAGAUCCCAUGUUGGUUUACUGGGAUGCCCCACUUACUUGCUGUGCAAAUACUUUUAAUUCCUGUGGGAACCUAAUUUGAGUGUCUAUCAUUCUGAAUGCACUGUAUUCAAUGGAAGUGAUGAUAGUCCUGGUUCUGUCAAUUUUGUGUUCUGUAAAAGGCAUAAACUUCUGGCCUUAAGAAAUAUUUAAAUGUAUUUUUUUAAACAGAAAGCUCCCUCUGCAAUCAGAAACAGUGUAUAAGUAGGGAAAAACAUUAUUUAAAUUUGCUAUGAAGAAAUGACUUAUACAGGAGCGCAAAGCUGCCUGUUGCUCGGUGGUCCUUAUGUGCACGGUUACCAGGGACCUGAGGUUCCCAAGAUCAGCUAGCAGGUGUUCUCCUGUAUGUUUAAAGCACCUAUGGUGGUGGCAUUCUGAAGGGUGCCUCCCUGUGUCUCUGGAACCUGCUGGAUGAGCAGGUUUUCAAAGUUGCGUCAUGACAUUCUUGGAAUUCCAAUAAUGCCAAUGUCCUACAGAAAACUGUCACUGAAAGAGCCAACUGCUUCAUUGGUGUCACGGUUUUUCCUGGGUUCAGUUUCGAUUUAUUCAUGUAAUUACAUAUGACAAUUCCUUAUGAAUAAUUAGAGUUAAAGUUUUGAUAUUGAUUAGCUGGCUUAUGGCUUAAAAUGGAUCCAUACAGUAGUUCUGUUCUCCUGGAAAACCUGAAUUAUGUUUUGACACUGUCAUUAUUGACUUUCAGCUGAUCAAAUAAUAUUUUCACCAUGAAAGAGGAAUUAAAACAAUGGUUUUUGGUAUAAAUUCAGUAACAUGAUCUAUAAUUGGACUCAAUGAAUUCAAUCUGUGGGAAAAAAUGCUUCUGCUUAUUGUUCCCACGGUGAAAGGAACCCUAAUGACAAUUGUAUGUGAAUUUUAAUGUUUUAAUUCCCAACAUCAUGUAUUGGAGACUUUCCCAGUUUUGAAAUAGAAUAUUAUGACUCGUAAAGGAUAAAUUAGUUAUCAUCCACAGUAGACAUUUAAAGGCAGCUAUAUGUUGUCUUCAUUAUUUGGAUUAAUGAUCAUGUUGCAGAUAAAUAUUGUAAGUUAAUUGUGUGAUGGUCUUGAGAGGUAGCUAGUUCAUAAAAAAUGUACAAAAAUCUUUUGUUUUCUUUAUUUUUACUGUUUUAAUUAUUAUUGUUUCUACGACUAUUUGCUGAGGCCUGUGUUGAUGCAUAAAUGCAGCCUUUUGCCAUGUCCCUGUCCCACCCAGUUUAAACAGUGGUCUCAUUGAAGACCUAGAAAUUCAGGACACUUAUUUUAAUUUUGUUUAAUGAGGUUUACAACAAACAUAUCAGUUAGGUUCACCAAUACUGAUCAUGCCCAGGACAAGUGUUUUCCCUUUGAAAAAUGUACAUUGUACAGUGUGAAAGGGCUCAUCAGUGUGGAGGGAAAUAUCUAAAUGCUUUAUUUUGGAAAUACAAUAUCUGUAAAAUGUAUUGGUUUAAAAUAAAUGCAUAAAAUGUU